ACCGGUGGGAGUGGAUCUGCGCCACGUGCCCUCGGUUCUGUUCUGGGAUGCAACAUUACGAAACUCUGUCCUCGGGUUCAUAUUCAUGCGACAGAUUGUCCGCCAGCCUGUUGCCGACAUGCGCGUGGCAGUGAUUGGAGCUGGAGUCAUCGGGCUGUCCACCGCUCAGAGCAUCUACGAGCAGCACCACUCGGCCCUGCGGCCGCUGAGCAUCCACGUGUACGCGGACUGCUUCACCCCCCUGACCACGAGUGAUGGAGCCGCCGGCUUGUGGCAGCCGUACCUCUACGACAAGGGCAACGUCCAGGAGACAAAAUGGAAUAAAGAGACAUUUGACUACUUGCUGAGCGCCCUCCGCUCACCUGAGUCCGUACAAAUGGGCGUCUUCCUUCAGUCCGGCUACAACCUGUGCACCGAGCGCGUCCCGGAUCCGUCAUUUAAAGAUAUUGUCCUGGGCUUCAGACAACUCACCGAACGAGAGCUGCAGCUGUUCCCCGGAUACAACUACGGCUGGUUCAACACGGCCCUCAUGGUGGAGGGGAAGCUCUACUUACCGUGGCUGAUGGACUGGUUGCAAAGAAGGGGAGUGAAAUUUCAUCACAGGAAAAUAUCUUCCUUCAAAGAGCUGGCAGAAACUGGGGCAGACGUGAUUAUUAACUGCUCUGGGAUGAGAUCCGGAGCGCUGCAGCCGGACCCUGAGCUCAAACCGGGCCGCGGUCAGAUCAUCAAGGUGGAUGCUCCGUGGCUGAAGCAUUGGAUCAUUACCCACAACUCUUCAACAGGAGUCUACAAUUCACCGUACAUCAUUCCAGGGAGUCGCCUGGUGACAGUCGGAGGGAUUUUCCAGAUCGGAAACUGGAGUGAACAGAACAGCUACACCGACCAUAAAAGGAUCUGGGAAGACGCUUGCCAGCUGGAGCCGAGUCUGAAGCAGGCCGCGGUGGUGCAGGACUGGUCCGGCCUCCGACCCGUCCGCAGCAAGGUGCGCCUGGAGUGGGAGACGCUGCAGGCGGGCGCCACGACGAUGGAGGUGAUACACAACUACGGCCACGGAGGCUUCGGACUCACCAUCCACCGGGGCUGCGCCCAGGAGGCGGCGAGGCUCUUCGGUCAGAUCGUGGAACAAAGAGGGAUCAAAGCUCGGCUGUGAACCCGAAGGGAUCGGUGCACUUUCACACAUCUAUAUGUUACGUCAGUGCCUGGCGUCAACGAGCUCACACACGCUCUGGUUUAACAUGCAGAGCAAACAUAGAUUCAGAAUCGUAUAUGUUUGGGUUAUUUACAUCACUUAAUCACUUUAAAGAGAAGACACUACACACGUCCAUGGCUGGUUAACACAUGGCUCAUUCACAGGUAACACAAUCAACUUAAAUACUUGCAUUUGAGGCUUUGGGAAAUUAAAGUAAAAUGUACAAGCCAUUAAAAAUGUUCUCAGUUAAUGUAGAACAUGGAGACAAACGUCCUGAGAAUGAUUAUAAACUGAGAAUGAUUAUAAACUGAGAAUGAUUAUAACGGACAUGAUCCCACUGGUUUGUGAUGGAUAACAACGUGAAUCCACGGCUCUUUUUAGAAGGUUGUUUACGGUCAUAUACAGAUUUACAUCCAGUGCAUCGACAAUAAUCUGUGCACACAGACACUCAAUGCAGCACGAUUUAUAUAUGUAUAUAUAUAUACAUGUAUGUAUUUAUAUGUAUAUAUAUACAUAUAUAUGUAUGUAUAUUUUUAUAUAUAUAUAUAUAUAUAUAUCAAACACUGGCAGCUAAAGAGUUGGUUUGCCAGACCUGAACUGGUGAAUCUCUCUUUUUAAAUUUCUAAACCAAACUUUGCUGAGCGUGUCCUCGCCUGCAGGGCAAAGUCUGCCUCCACAUCACCUGUGUGACAACAAGGCACCGACCACAACGACACAGGUACAGUUUUUACAGAAAGAGCGACUGGAGCCUCCUGCUGAGAGGUGUGUGUGCACAAGCUCAACGUCCGAGAGACGAGAUCAAACAUCAAUGGAAUUAUUUUUAAAUGAUUUAACACUAAAUUGAGCCGGCUUAGAUUUCCCUAACCCAUCAUCGUUCACGUCCAGCAUGUUGCCACUCGGCUCUGGUCGCUGUGAUGGAGGUUCUUGUGAAUAAAGCUGCUCCACAAUGA